AAAUAAACCUUUACAGAAACGAAAGAAAAACCAUUUUUUAAACGAUUGAUUUGAAUCCUGUUUUGUUUGAAAAACAUCGCAGAAUGUGAAGGUUUGAAAGUGAACAAAAGAAGGUUUGAGACACAGUAACACAUCGCUAACUAGCGGUUAAGCUAGCUAACAGCUAAAUGUUUAGUUUGGUGCUAGUUAGACAUUUAGUUGGCAAACUAAAUAUUUGUGAACAAACUAAAUGUUUCCUAACUAAAUGUAUAGAUUUAGCUCUUAGCUAAUUAAAUGUUGUGUUUGUAGCUACAGAUUUAACUUGCUAAUUAAAUAUUUACUGUUUAGAAAAAAGAACCACAUUUUUUUUCUCUUAGGCUAAUUAAACCAAAUUAUUGUUGCUAGUUUUUGAUUGUUUGUUAGAUGAUGUCAGAACUUUCAGCUUUCAUCAUGAAACGUUUGUAUUACAUUUCAUUUCUUGUGUAGUCGGCAGCGGCGUAGGAAGCGGGGGGGACGGGGGGGACAUGUCCCCCCCAAUAUUGAAGCCAGGUGGAUAUGUCCCCCCCAAAAAAUUGUACCGCAAAAUAUUGGAUUUUGACAUUUUUUUAACUAGCGUGCUUUUAUUUUGAAGGCGCAGCAUCGCGUUACGUCACGGUACUCCCCCUCCCCUCUCUGAACUGCUGAGUGAGCACUUAGAAGGGAGGGAAACAGCGACACAGAAGUCAGAAACUUGCGAAUGAGUACAAUGCCACCACCAACUAAAAGGCUGAAACAGCAGCAGGACUUACUCAGCUUUUUUAAAAAGAGUAACGUCAGUGAGCAACAAUGCAGGGACAGCACAAAGGAGACAGGAAAAGGAGAGGAUAGUGCAACCGGGCUAGAGGCAGGAAGUCAGAGUGAGGGAGAGACAGGAGUGGAGCAACAGGGAGUUCAGACUAGGGACACACAGCUGAGAGACUCUGAAGUCAGUGGACAGAGAACAGAGCCAAAUCAGCCACAUCCAAAAUUCAUAGACCCUCAAGCUCUAGCCAACAGAACUUUACAUUUCCAAGGAAAGUGGUACAAGGAAUUUCCCUGGCUACAUUAUGAUGCAGUGAAAAAUGGCAUUUUGUGUUUUUAUUGCAUGGCAAUUUACCAGGACAAACUCACACCAUUUGGUGCAAAAUCCGAACCCGCCUUUAUCACUUCUGGAUUUAAAAAUUGGAAAAAAGCAUGCGAAAAAUUUAAAGCACAUGAAAAUAGUCACACACAUCGUCAUGCUGUUUCUGUGACUGCACAAGAAAGUCAUCCUAUAAAUGCCCAAUUAUCCAGUGCUUUGGCAACUCAGCAAGGUGACAAUAGGCACUGUCUGGAGAAAAUUGUGAGCUCCAUAAAAUAUUUGGUACGGCAGGGACAAGCUUUGAGAGGGCAUGACGAUGAUGACAGCAAUUUGUAUCAAUUGUUAAAAAAUCUGGCAGAAGAUGAUGCCCUUUUGGCUAAGUGGUUGCUGAGGUCUCAGAAAGAAUACCUAAGUCCACAGAUACAGAAUGAAAUCUUGUGUUCUAUGAGCAAUAGUAUUGUCAGUGAAAUAGCAGAUAAAAUCAGAAACCUACCAAUUUUUGAGUUUGCAAUUAUUAUGGAUGGAACACAGGACAUUUCUGGGAAAGAACAAGAAAGCAUUUGUCUGCGAUACAUUGACAGUGACAUGAAGCCCCAUGAAGAGUUUAUUGGCUUGUACUCAGUUUCUGAAACAACAGGAAAAAGCCUUGCUGCUGUUGUUAAAGAUGUGCUGCUCAGAUUAAACUUACCAAUGCAUGGUUUACGAGGUCAAACUUAUGAUGGAGCAGCCAAUAUGUCUGGGAAGCAUGCAGGUGCACAGGCACUGAUAAAGCAAGAGCAGCCACUAGCAUUUUUUGUUCAUUGUGGAGCACACUGCACUAAUUUAAUUGCACAGAAAGCUUGCUUAGCCUCAGUUCUGAUCAGAGACGCAUUGGAUUGGGUGAACCAGCUUGGAGUUCUUUUCUCUCAGUCAGGGAAGUUUAAGGCAAUCCAUGCAGCAACAGCACAUACAGAGAAUCCAUCGUGCACUGCAAUAAAACCCCUCUGCCCCACAAGAUGGGCAGUACGGAGCAAAGCAAUCAGAGAUGUUUUGUCACAGUAUGGGUCAGUGCUGGCUAGCUUGCAGGAGAUGGCUUCUGGUGCCUCAAACACAGCAUCCACUGCUAAUGGACUGCUGGGGCAGUUUAGGAAAGGUAAAACAGUUUUGGGUCUCAUCCUUGCCUCACCUGUGAUUGAUGAGCUUGAAUGCCUGAGCAUCUCUUUCCAGAAGAGAACUCAAACCAUUGCUGGAAUGAGGACUGCUGUGAAAGUUGUUCAGACUUCACUUAAGGCUAAAAGAAAUCAAGAAAGUUUCAACACUCUGUUUGAAAAGGCGAUGGCUGAGGUUCAGUCUUUGGGUGUUAAACCCAUCACAGUUACACAGAGAAGGCCACCCCCAAAACGCUUCACUGAAGGAGCUAAGACACAUCAACCUGAAUGUGCCAAUGACCACUACAGAGGUGAAUUCUUUAAAGUAUUGGAUGUUGUAGAUGCACAGCUCACUGGGCUAUUUAACCAGGAUGACUUGCUGACUUUGCAAAAGUUGGAAGAGACACUUCUCAGUGGAACGAUUGAUGCUGCAGUCAUUGGGAAAUACCCAGAGUUGAAUAGAGAGUUACUUUCAGUGCAACUUCCUAUGUUUAGACUGAACUACUCAUUUAGCAACAGCGCAGAAGCUGCAGGGAUCAUUGGUGGACUGCCUGGAGAGGUCCGUAGACUUUUUGGGCAAGUGGAAACUCUGGUUAGGUUGCUUUUGGUGGUCUCCGUUUCAUCCUCUGAGGCAGAGAGAAGUUUCAGUGCGCUUCGUAGACUCAAAACGUGGCUCCGGUCUACAAUGACUCAAAACAGGCUUAAUCAUGUUGCUGUCUGUCAUGUACAUAAAGAUAAACUUGAUUUACUGGACAAGAAGUCAGUUUGCAAGCAAUUUGUGGCUGCAAAUGAAAGGCGGAAAAAACAUUUUGGCUCUUUUGCCUAAGCCAGUGUUUGCCAUCCUUUUAUGUUUCCGGCACAUUUUUGGCGAAUUAUAAAUGCAUGGCUGUAAAGUGCAAUUGUUCAGAAGCACAGAGGUGUUGAUCUCUACCUAGGGUUAUGUGGCCUAUAAUCUCUGUGCUAACUGCUUUUCCAACAGUUAAAGCACACUGUAGUCAGUGAGUUAAAAAGCUUGUCUAUUAAAUGUGUAUUUAUUGUUGGUAAAUAUUUCUUCAUUUUUGAUUUGGUUUAAUUAGUCAUACAGUUCGACAAACUGAAUAAGCAUAUUUUGAUUGAUUUUCUUUUCUUCUUUUACUUAAUGUUAAAAGUGUGAAUAAUUUGUUCACUACAUUGUCUGUGAGGGCUCUUUCAUCUCAGAAUUUUGUUUAAUCAAAGAUUCAUUUUUGACCAUUAUUGCAAGUUUGACAAAAUAAAACAUAUCAAACUUUG